CAUCGGUCAGGGGUUAGUUGCACGCGCAGCACUCUCUGCAACAGCAAGCGCUCGUCCUAUAUAUAACCAGGGAAACUGUCUGUCGUGGGCACACACACACACACCCACAAACACACACAUGAACACGCGCAUACAUGCAUAUGAGUCUCCCUGGACGAGCGCACCAGUAGUGCUAACGGUGCCUUUAUCGCGUAGAUUCUGUCGACGUCGGCGUCAAUGCACCGAGACAGCGCGCUCGGUAAACACAACGAGAGGGCCAGGCGCGAGUACUAUUGCACUCGAUGGUCUGAUUAAUUGGUCGCGCCCGCCGUUGCAAAAUCCCCUAGACCGAAGAACAAAAUUCCCUGGACCGAAGAGGAGUCCGCACGUACGAGUCGACUGUCCUUUAAGCUGUUGAACGGCGACUGUGUGGCUGCGGGUAAGCUGGGCUCUCCCGCUGCACCGGGAUUCGACGGCGAACGUGAUCAUAUAUUGUCACCGUGUGUAUAGCUGUCACCGCAGCGGCAGGCACGCGCAGUCGACGACAUUCGACGGUGAGUUAGCCAGACGACUAUGGGCGAAAGUGGCGGCGACAACGGAAGGACAAUGAUGAAAUUCACGAAGAGAACCGUCAUCGCGAUCUUACUGCUCACUAUCGCAGUGUCUUGCGUUUAUAUGGCAUAUUUUCGACAUCCACCGCCAGAGGAGAUCCUGGCGGCUAACAGUAAAUCCCUAAGCACGGCACACAUGAAAAAUGCUGCGUCGAACAUCAAACUCUUCAACGAUGGCCGUGAUCAUCUGCGAAUGCAGCAGGUGAAUCUGUGGGAGAAGUGGACGCGGGACAACGAAUACAUCGUCAUAGGAGAAUAUUAUUCGAAUUGCGAGGAAGAUGCUUUGCUUAUAGGAAAAGUAGCCCUAGUGAAAGACAAAAAAUAUGGCGGUGUCAAGUCAUUCCAUGUGUUCAACGCUACCUGGG